AGUGACUCAAGGAGAGGAAGAAUCAGAGACAUCAAGACACGAAGAUGAAACUUCUUUUUUGCCCUGGAUUCUUCCUGCUGCUUAUUGUCAGCCAGAAGCAGGCAACGGCCAAACCUAUUUCCAGCUUGCAGAGUCUGUCCAUGCUGUUAGAUGAGGAGCUGGAGCAUCCCCUGGUCUCAGAAGAGAGGGACCGUGAGCAAGAUGGCUCAAUCCCAAUAGGUGCCUUUGAGCAGGAAGAUGCUGAGUUCCAGUGGACCCGAAACACCAGAGAUCAGCCUGCAAGGACUUCCACUGCUGACAGUGCUGCCCAGAGGCUCCUCAGUGACCUCUUAGGCUUACCUCGGAGAUAUCCAAACAGAAUCAAAAAGGGUCUGUCCAGGAGCUGUUUUGGGGUCAAGUUGGACAGAAUUGGGUCGAUGAGCGGACUGGGGUGCUAACUGCUUACUGUGGUAAGAAAGUCAUGGACACGUGGGUUUUGUGUAUAACUUGUAUAA